CUGUGCAUAUGUCUUGGGCUCGCCCAAAAGUCGUGCGUACGCCAAGUCACGUCUCAACUCCUCAUCAAUCACAGCAGGCAUUGCAAUCAGACGAAUCAGUGAGUGGUUGCACACUCAUUCACACAUUACGACACAACACACCACACAUCACAUGCACACACAUGCACACACAUGCACAUUCAUGCACCGACUCCUCCGUCUCCCCCUCUAUCUGUACGUGCACCCCUCCAUCAUCCUCAUAUCUCUUUGGCGGCGACUUCCUCAGUCUCUCUCGGAUGCGGUCGUUGAUCCGCUCCUGCCACUCGCGCUGAGCAUGCUGCCUGCGGAGGAUGGUGCUGCCGUGCAGCUGCGGGGCCCUCAUACUGAUAUAGUCCUGCAUGGUGGGCAUCUUGCUCUCCUCCUCUGUCCUGAUGAUGUUGACUUGCCGCUGGCCGCACCCAGAGAAGUCGUAGCCCUCCUGCUGGUCACGCUUGGGAGGCUGCACCUUCUGCCGCAGUCCCUCACGUGCACCCUCUCUGGCUUGCCGUCCCUCCUGCUGCUGUGGGGGUUGCUGUUGUGGUGGCUGCACGACCACGGGUGGUGGGGAAGGGGGGGUGAGGGUGGGUGGGGUUGCUGCUGCACUUCCUGCUGUUGCUGUUGGGGUGGUGGGGGUGGGGGGUUGGCUGGCGAUGUCUUGUGGGGGAUGUGCUGCGGUGGUGUGGGGGAGGCUGAUGUUGUCGAUGGUGGUGUCCGACCGGCCGACGACGGGAUGGGGACGUUGAUCUGCACACGCUUCUCACCCACACCCCCAUGUGCCCCGUCACAUCGACACCCAUGCCCAUGCGCCCCUCCCGCCCCUGUUCCCUGACCAUUGUGUGCCCAUGGGGCGGGUGUGGGGUUCAUCAUGCGCUCGCGUCGCUCCUUGAAGGGGAAGCGCCUCUCGUCUACGAUCACCUCAGGUGUCUCGUACAUUUUCUUCGUGUUCAGGUCGAGGACGCGGUAGGUGCCCUUCAUGCGCGGCGCCAUGCCCAGCAUCACCAUGAUCUUGCCCUUGGCCUGCAGCCCCCUCCUUAUCUCCUCCCUCUGAUGCACGAAUGCCGCCGAGCCGAAGAUGAAGAGCCCCUUGAUGCUCGCCUUCUUGCCGUAGAGGGCGUAGUGGGGGGAGGUGGGUCUGCCGUCGGGGAGCCGCGUCGCCUUGGUCACGGUCAUGUUGUACACCUUGACGGCGUAGUCGAGGGCGUACGGCCAGCACUCGUCAGGCAUCCCUGACUCUGCCAUGAUCGACGUCAUCAGCGCCAUGAGCAUGCCGACCUUGUGCUCGACGACGCCGCCUUCGUCCCUGUGGUAUGGGGCGUUGAACCGCUGGCGGAUGCGGUGCUCGAUGCAGUACUGCUCCAGCUUGCCGUACCGGAACUCCUUGGCACCGUCGCUCCACAGCGUCUUGACCUUGCCCAUGGCCUAGCUCGUAUCGGCCCACACACUCAGCGAUCUUGUUGCGCGACGUGACGGCGAAGGCGACGACGUGGCGGGUCUUGUCGUCGACCAUCACGAAGAACCCCGUGUCGCCCUUGACUGACGCCACCUUCAUCGGCUUGUGGUCGAGGUGGACGAGGUCGAACGCCUCUUUCGCUCGUGUCCCCGGCUCCUUGCACACGUUCUUGAGGCGCAUCUUGCCCGCCACGCAGCCCUCACACACGCACCCGUCCUGUGGUGGCUUGAUGUCGGG